AUAGCACAUGGUUUGGUGAAAAUUUUAGGAUAGAUAUCUAUUUUUGACUGUAAGCUUUAGACAUUAAAGCUCAAAAUUGAUCAUCACGUUUUAAGUGUGACAUUAUAUGUUACAGUCGGAGAAAAUUACAAGACAAGAAUAACGUCGAGUGACACACAAUUCGAUCAGAUGUACGUAGGAUUUGAGUGAAUACAGACGUGUUAAAAUUAAUCGAGUGUGUAGUGUUAAGUCAAUGACUUUCUAAUUUGUUCAUGAACAAGCAAACAUGAACACCAAAAAGAAAAAUAAGAAUCGACCAAAGCCACCCAAAAUAGCCCCAAAACUCGAUUCCACAGAAUGCGACAAGCCGGAAAGCGUGGAUAGUGUAGUAAAUGUAAGCAAUAUUGAAAGUGAAAAGAAAAGCCAAAUUGAAGAAAUAUCGCCUGUUAUUUUGCCAAUCGAGGAAAAGGCUGCUUCUGAAAAAAAUGUUUCUGAUGAAGUUCCUAAGAAACCAGAAAGAAUGAAAGGUAAAAAACAACAAGAAUCAAUUAAUGAAGACAAUAAAACUAAUAUUUUAGAAGAAGAUCAAAAGAUCACCAUCUUGGAAGAAAACGUUCAUAUAACGCCAAAAUCACGUAAAAAGAAGAAUAAAGAUAAAAAGCAAUCUAGUACAGAAGAAGUAAUUAAGACAGAAGUGGACGAUAGAAUUGGUAAAACAAUUGUGGAAGAUAUUAAACAAGACAAAGAAAAAAUAAAAGAUACACUCGAAACUUCUAUAAACGUUUCUCAAGAAGAACAAGAUAAUAAAAUGAGUAAGAAAAAGAAGAAAAAACGUAAUCGUCAUGAUUCUCAAAAGUCUGAUGUUGAUGAAAGCGCAACUUAUAAUCUUGCAUUUAAAAACCUUUUGGAAGCAACGGAUAAUGUUACUGAAGCUAAUACUCCAUCAGACUCUACUAAGAACAUCGAAAUAAGUUUAGAUAGUGAUGAAAAAAACUCAUUAAAACCUUUGACAAAACCAAACAUAAAUACUAACUUGAGUGAUCAAGAAGAACAGAAUACUAUUAAAAAUAAAAAGAAGGGUAAAAAACAAAAACAGCACCAUGAAAAGACAGAUGAAGUUAAUACAAGAAGCGAAAUAUUAACAAUUGAUAAACAAGUAGUGUCAUCUGCAGAUGUAACUGAACCGUCUUUAAGCGAUUCUGUGAUUAAAGCCAAAAUUGCAAAACCUGUUGACCGAAAGCACAAUGUUAAAAGUCCAAAACAAAAUAAGUCUACCGAUAACCAAAACACUGAAGAAAAUGUUUCCAAAACUGAAUCCGAAAAGAUAUUUCAGUCUAAAGAAACUUCUGAAUUAGCUACAGCGGAAAUUGGAAAAUCUUGCGAAUUUAAAAACCUCAGUGAAUCUUCUGUAACAGAUAAUAUUAAAGUUGAUGCAGUAAUAUCUGAUUCAAAAGAGUGCAAAACUCCAGUUACAGCUGCUCCUGAAAUUAAAACAUUGGGCGAAGAACAAAGUUGUGUAACUGCGGAUGAUAGCUGUGAAGAUAUAUUUAUGGAAGUAAAACCGUCAAAGAAAAAAAAGAGACCCAAAAAUUUGCCACAAGCUGAGCAAGCUGAAAUAGGACUAGGUCUUGAGGCAAAUGCAACAGCAGUCAAAGAAAAUGCAGAUGAAACUAAGAAGCUAGAAGUUGAAACACCGGUAAGAUCAGAUUUGCAAGCAGAGGUUACAAAAAGUGAUAUGUCACCCAACAUAGCCGACGAAUCAAAUAUUGCUUCUGUACCAGACAUAAUUCAAUAUCCUAGAUCUUCAAGUCAGCAAUUACUAAGCGACAAUAGUGUCAGUAUGGUUAUUCAAGAAAUACCAGCUACAGAAGAAAUAAAAUUAGGAAUACCAAUUUGUACAUCAGCCCCUAUAAUUCAAGGAUCCGGAGAAACACCAGAAGCUAAAUUGGAAAAGGAUCCUAUGCAUAUCAAACUGACUGAAAUAGAUUCUAAAUUAAAUAAAUGUAUCGAAGAAAAGACUGACAUAAAGUCUAAAAUGAUGGAAGUUAAUAAGGAUAUGGAAGAAUUACGAUUGUCAAUUGAAAGAUCUUUAGCAGAAUUAACAGCUCUAGAUAAAGGUGAUAAGGAAUUUGAAAAGACAUUUCAAGAUAGUAAAACAACUGUCGAUAGCAACAAAGCCAUUAACGAACCCAACGAAACCAAACCCAGUAUUUCUUUUCCUAUGCCUUCAUCUUUUGUAGAAAAAUCAGUGUCGUCUAAUGAUAACAAAACAAUGGAUGAUCCAAAAAAUAUACACGUUUGUAUUUCACCAGAAAAGGAAAUUGUGAGUAUUAAAAAAGAAACACACGAUCAAACAGCAAGUGAAAAUUUAGAAAAGCAAAUCGAACCACCUAUAUGUCCCAGUAGAAAAGAUAACAAAGGAAAGAGCAAAUCAAAAAGGAAAAAUAAACAAGAAAUUUCAGCUAGUGUCACUACUAAUACUUCUAACACUGAAGUCAAACCUAGCACAAGCGUUGCCAAAAAUAUGAAUGAAACUAGUCAGGAACAAAAAAGUGAUAAGACCGAUAACACACAAAACAAAUCUCAGGAAAAAGGUAAACAACAAACUUUAAAUGACGAAAAUAAUGCUAAUGCUCACGAUGACAUAUUACCGGUAACUCUAGCUACAGAUUUUGAACCUAUAGAAAAAUUUGAAGACGCUUUAACGUCGAGUGUCGAUGACGUGAAUACAACUUUUGAAAUGAUUGCAAAUGAAAUCAUGAAUACCGAGGUAACCCAUCAAAAUUUUGAAAACCCUCAAAUAAAUAUCAUCGCACCGACAGAAGAAGAAAGUACGGACAAAAAUACAAAUGAUAAACAAAUUACGCCGCCAAAAAACUUGUUAGGCCACCCCGACAUUCCUGUACCAUCGAAUAAAACUGACUACAAAAAAGAAAAAAAUAAAUUACCCAACAAUCAACAAGCCAAAGUUAAAGUUAAGGAUUCUGUUGAUAUACAAAAGAAAGAAAAAGUUUCGAAAAAGUCGCAAACAGGCCGUACUAAUGAUACGAAGAACUUUAAUGGAUCCGAAUCUUUUUCAUACAUGACAAAUGGAAACAAUGAAUUCGUUUAUAAAUACAGUUUUCGGAAAGUGUUUCUUCAGAGCUAUUGCCAUGUAUGCAAAAAACAACUUAAUCAAAGAUUUCCAUGUAAAUUUUGUUCUUUAAUUUUCUACUGCUCUCAAAAGCAUGUUGACGAAGACUGGCCACGUCAUCAACCACUUUGUUUUGCUGUGUCUACUAUUUCACAUCUCAAAGAUCAGAAACACAUAUAUGCUGAUGCAAAAGGAAUAACAGGCCAAGAUUAUAGAGUUCUUAGAAUGCAGAUGAUUGUUUCUUGCGAAAAAAUAUUAAAAAGAAAACUGGUGCCUUGGGAACAGGAAGCUCUUCUUUACCCCAGAAUUUGUGCCGAUAGCAACUGUAGGGAAUGGAGGCAAUCAAAAUUAAAUGAUUGUAAAGGGUGUGAACAGAUUUCAUACUGUAGUGAUAAAGAAGCACAUUUACCUACUGAACAUUUGCGUUGGUGUAAAUCCUACGCUUUAUACAAAAAACUCGUUAAUUAUCAACAAACCAAAGGAAGACUAGAACCGCCAAUGCCUACUAAGAUUUUAGAGAAUUAUGAAAUUCCCGAAAAAAUAAACGAUGUACUAGCUUCUAUGUAUGAAGAGAAAAUUGAUAUGAACGACAUUCAAUAUGCAGCUCUAACUCAGCUAGCUACUGCUCCGCUCACUGUCGCUUACUGCUACCAAAUAUUUUCAAAUAACAACUCUGCUACAAAUAAAUAUCUGAAAAAAACAUCCUUUACUGUUCACGUGGUUGGGGCAGAAUUGCAAUUCGAGGCUGAUGGCUUAAACAAGUGGGAGGUUUUCCUUCUCCACCUGCGACCAGAUAUUAAAGAUUUGAGGAUAGUACUUGUAAAUCAAGAUCUCAAUCCCUCUAAACUGCCUCUCGACCUGCUUGGGAAAGUGCAGUUAUGUGAGAACUGUAAAACUAAUAAGCGACGAGUUAUUUUCAGUUUUCAAGAUAAGCUGAGCUACAAUGCUUACUAUUCUAGCGAUGAUUUUAUCACGCCAGACAUAGUCUGCGCGUUCAACCCCAGCAUUGAGAGGUCAUCCAUAUACAACGGCAAAGAUUCCUGGCCGUCAACCACUCAGUGUAUUUUGAAGCAGAAAGUACCAUUUAUCAUAACUUCCUACACUUUAGAAGAGCUAAAACGUGAUUUAGAAAGAGUUGAACAAUUUGGCGAUAUUAAAUCAAUCUUGGAACCGAAACCCAACCCGUUUGCAAGUGUGAGACCCGAUAGAAACUUUAUCACUGAUCACGAAAUCCCCUUGCUGUUCAAGAAUUAUUGUCUAAGUAUGGUGUGCGCUGCUUAAUGUUUUUGAUUUAACUUGUUAAGUUUUGUUAUUGAAUAAAUUGGUACCCUUGA